AGAGAGAGAGAGAGAGACUGGGUUUUGGGAUCGCAGUGGAGAGAGAGAGAGAGAGAGAGGGUUUUGGAAGGUGUCAUAAAUGGAAUUGAGAUUGUGGCAGGGAGGGCGGCGGUGCAGCGGCUCCGAUUCCCCGUCUUAAAUAACUCUUCGAGGAAGCGAGACGGAGGAGAGCCAAGCCAAAGCCCAGAGAGAGAGAGAGAGAGAGAGGAGAAAAUAAGGAAGGAAGAGACUACUCGAGAGGAGGGAGGCAAAGAGAAGGAGAGGGGGAGAGAGCGAGGGAGGGAGGGAGCCAGCAGCAAACGAAAUCCCAGCACUCUCAGCGGCAGUAGAAAAAAAAAUAGAAAAGGGAAAAGCAAAUCAAAUCCCAGUACUCGACGUGCGUGCGGACAAAAUUAGCAGCGCUGCAGGAGAGAUAGAAGGGAAGAAAAGAAGGGUAUCGCGCGGGCGCAGCAAAGAACAACAAUUUUUUUUUUUUUUUCCCCCCUCCAUUCCUCCUUCUCCUCCCCCUACUCAAUCUAAUUUAAUUCAUUCCUGUAACCCUCGACACCACGCUUUGCUUUGCUUGCCACUCUCCAUAAAUAUGGCCAGCCAGAUCUAGAGAGAGGAAGGAGGGGAGUGGUUUGGUCGAGUCCUGCUAUGGAUUAUAAGAAGCAAUUGAGGGGAGGAGCAUGGCAGGGUUCUCUUUAGGUGGGAGCCACCGGCAAGGAGGCGAAGAAGAACAAGGCGGAAUCCCUCCGGAGAACCUCUACCUCUACAGCGGUAGCGGCAGGAGCGAAGAAAUCCCCUACACCCGCGGCUUCGAGCUAUGGCAGCAGCAGCAGCAGAUCCAGCGGCACCAGCAGCACUUCUACGGCGGCUCAUCAGCACUCCUUUCCUUCUCCGAUGAGCCCCCGCCGCAGCCGCCCCAAUCAGGCGCCCGCGGAGGAGGAGGAGGACGGAUGAGCGGCGGCGGCGGCGGCAAGAGCUGCCAGGACUGCGGCAACCAGGCCAAGAAGGAUUGCCCCUACCUGCGGUGCCGCAGCUGCUGCAAGAGCCGCGGCUUCCAGUGCCCCACCCACGUCAAGAGCACCUGGGUCCCUGCCGCCAAGCGCCGCGAGCGCCAGCAGCAGCAGCUCGCCGCCGCCUCCGCCCUCCAGCAUCAGCAGCAGCAGCAGCACUCCCACUCCCUCCGAUCCGCCGCGGUCGCUGCCAGCGGAGAGCCUUCCAAGAGGCCCAGAGAGAUCUGCCCCCGCCUCCCCACCGCCAUCGCCACAGACACCUCGUCAGGAGGAGGAGGAGGGGGGAUGGACGCGGGUAGCUUCCCGCCGGAGGUGAGCUCGGCGGCGGUGUUCCGCUGCGUGCGGGUGAGCCCGGUGGACGACGCGGAGGACGAGUUCGCGUACCAGACGGCGGUCAGCAUCGGCGGCCACGUGUUCAAGGGCAUCCUCUACGACCAGGGUCCCGACGCCCCGUUCCCGCCGACGGCGACCCCUCGCCACAUCCACCACGGUGAAUCCUCCUCCUCUUCUACCGCCGCCGCUGCCAUCACUACUGCAGCUGCUAUUUCUACCACCCUCUCUGUAAACGCUGGCGCUAGUGCUAGUACUGCGGCAGCUACCACCGCGUUUUUGGAUCCGUCGUCGCUGUACCCAACUCCGUUGAGCGCUUUCAUGGCCGGCACCCAGUUCUUUCCCCACCACCCCAGACCCUAGCUAGAACUAAUUAAGCAACCCAAUUCGCAUGAGUUGAAACAUUUCAGCAGGCCCAGCCUUUCUUUCACCAGUUUUCGAAGCUAUCUUAGAUCUUAGUUUUCAGUGAAUGUGGUGUUGAAGCCGAUCCCAGUCUCUUUCCUUUCCUCCAAUAUUUGCUUGAAUCGAACAAAUGUUUCGAGCUAGCUGGCUGCCUACCUCUCUUCUGUUCCUUUCUCCUCCUUUCUAUUCCUUGUACUUCUUGGGAUUGCCGGCGGAUUGGAAGAUGUUUGAAAUGGGCGAUCGCGACGCGCGGAGUUGGUUUGGCGACAGGAAGACCCGCAAGCAAGCAAGCAAGCGAGCGAGCGGUGGGGUCGUGUUUUUGUUUUGCUUUGCUUUGCAUCUUUAUACUUAAUGAGGGAUCGAGGAUUUUACCUUCGCUGGCUUCAUUUAUUUUAUUCCAGGGUCUUGUCUUCCGACCCGGCACCGCUAGUCUUUUGCCCAUGCAUGGCAUUCUGAGUGCGGAACCCAAGAAAGAAAUAGAGGAACCCUUCUUUCCCU